AGAGGCAGAGAGAGGAGCUACACAAGGGCCUUUCAAGGUUUUUAUCCUUCAAAAAGUUUACAACCAGGUCUUUUUUCUACUUAUUUGUGCUGCCUUAUGUCAGACCUCAUUCCACUACAUUUUACUGUUCUACCACAUAAAAUCACUAGAUGAUUUAUUAAAAUUUGUCAUUGCAUUGUAGGUGACUCAAAAAAGCACCUUGAAAGUAUAAAUACAUUAAAAUGACACAGCAAAUAAUUUUACCUGCCCAGUUUAGAAAAGUAUGCCAAGGCCUAUUUUUGUCAGAUGAUACUCUUACAGAAUGUACCCUUAUGCCAAGUUACGUACACAGUGAGUUUUGUUUUGGAAAGAAGUCAAGCAUUUCUUUUAAACGCCCCAACCUGAUUGACAACUUUUCAUGCAUUCCUCCAUGCUGCACUCAAGCCCUCUUUUUAUCUUUAGCCUUUGACAAGCUUGUUGUCACAGUUUACUUCUGCUUCUUCAAUGAAAGGCAUCAGAAGAACCGCUGGACGUAUUUGAUAUUUUACGCUUUGCUAUCAUAUUUUUUUCUUUUUACUUUUUUGACAGAUAAAAUGGAAAAAGGUAACGGACCUCCUCCAGAUACUGAAGGUACUUCAGAAAUUCCAGAUAUCCCAGCGCCACCAUAUCCUGGCCCGCCUUUGGACCCCAGUGUGCUCACCAGUCAGCCUAAUCCUGUUGAUCAUCCUGCUGCUCAAUACGACAACCAGCCGGUGUCCAAAUCUGUUCAUCAGGAACAUUCCCAGGGUGUUGAUCAGGAGCAACCUCAUUCUUCUACUCAGUAUGUUGAUCAGCAAAGUGCACAGCCAGUCCCUCAGCAAUACCCCCAACCUGGAGUUCAGGAAUACCCCCAACCUGGAGUUCAGCAAUACCCUCUACCCGGAGUUCAGGAAUACCCCCAACCUGGAGUUCAGCAAUACCCCCUACCCGGAGUUCAGCAAUACCCCCAACCUGGAGGUCAGCAAUAUCCCCAACCUGGAGGUCAGCAAUACCUCCAACCUGGAGCUCAGCAAUACCUCCAACCUGGAGCUCAGCAGUAUCAGCAACCUGCUCAGCAACCAGUUGUGCAGUAUAUUGCCACAACACAACAAAAUCAGAUUCUUCAGUCAGGUAACCAGGUGUUGUUGGUGCAACACAUGCCCACUGACGUUGCUGGAAGUAUGCUUUGUCCGCAUUGCAAGAACACUGUUGUGACCUCAAUUGAAUACAAAGUGGGCAUGCUAACCUGGAUCAUAUUUGGAGUGCUGUUGUUAUUCUGCUGGCCGUGCAGUUGUAUCCCCUUCUGCGUGAAUUCUUGCAAGGAUGUGCAGCAUUCCUGCCCACAGUGUAACAACGUCCUGCACCUCUACAAACGGAGGUGAAAUCCAUCAGUACCGGAUCCGUAUGCUGGACAGCCAUUAAAAUGGACUGUAAAUACACUUAAGUUUUGCUGAUGUCUUUUAUCAAGCUGUUAAAACGUGACAUGAACAUGUACUGCUUUACUCAGAAUUAUGUUUCAUUGCUAAAGGGUUAUUUUUAUAACUGGAUAUGAUCAUUUAACUCAAGACCAGGAGAAAUUGUGUUUUUUCUGACAAUAAAGGCUGCAGUCAGAAACUUAGAAAAAUGUUAUUUGACACUUUAAAGACUCUCACUAUCUUGUGACAGUUUAAUAUACCAUUGGGCAUUGUCACCUCCAGAAAUACACCAAUCAGAGCCAGAAGGAGGGUUGUGGCACUGUCAAUCAUGCUUGUGUAUGGGAUGCAUGUUAUAAGCCUUGCUAACAAGGGAGAAACAACUUAGAUUUACAGGAAAACUAAUUAUCUGUCAACAUCUUUGGCUUUGCUAACUAGCCUGAGCAUUGAUGGCAGGCUCUGCUGACCGGGAGAAGCUGUAGUGUAGCAGAGAGUAAGAGGGAGGCUGUGAGCAGUGCGAACAGAGGCGUGAUUGACAGCACCAACACCCUCCUUUUAGCUCUGAUUGGUUGUUUCUGACAGAUAGUGUAUUUCUGCAUGACAGUGGGACCACAGGAAAGAGGCUAUACUCUAUCAUAACAUAGUGACACUUUUAGGAAAUUU